AUGGGCGUGUAUAUCUGGACAAUCGUCAUGCAAGUCAAGUUCAACAAGCAUCAUCCUGGUAAAAUCGAUUGGGUGGACAAGUUAUACCCCUCUGCCUUUUUGCCUUACUUCUUUGUCCAGACCACCGGUCCAUUAUCGCAAUCAUACAUGUACUGGUUACUUUCUUCUUUCGCCACCGAUGCUCAAGCCAAUGUACGAAAUGGUGCUGCCUUCAGAUGUUUGGAAGCGGUCGGUCAAGCGAUAUCAUACGGUAUGAACACCCAGAUCAAGACUUCCCCAUUGAUCGGUUUCUGCGUUACGUUCGGUUUGAUGGCUGCGGCGAUGGGUCCCAUGAUCCUCCUGGUCAACUCGACUCCCAACGAGAUCCCCGCGGAUGCUUUAGACAAAGAAGAACACGAGAAGGAAGUCCAACAACUCCAACAAAAGGAUCUAGCUGAGAAGGAAGAGGACGUCAACUAUUCGGUAAACCGAGUUUAG